AGGAAUCUUCAUGAACGAGAAAUAUAUAUAUAUAUAUAUAUUUAUAUUUAUUUAUAUACACGCAUAUAUCUUGAUCCUUGUCUCAAAUAAAACGGGGUUAACUUCUUUCCUUGAAUUCUGAUGAUAAUUACACCCUUUUUGAAGUUUGUUCAUCAUCGCGUUAUCAUUUAUCGUAUGCUAACUCUUUUGGAUUAUCGAAGGCAUACAUCUUGUACAUAUGUACAUAUAUAUACGUGUGUGUGUGCAUGUGUGCGUAAUGCUAAACGAUACGUAACGAUGUAACGAAUGUUUCGAUAUAUUCUCGAUUUUUGCGCUCUUAUCGUUCUCGAAUCUCGAACUAUCCUUCGGAGUAUUUGAGCUUUCAGUAUGAAUCGAGACAUAAAAAGGUAUACAAAUAUAGAUUAUGAAAAGGAUGACGUAAUGGCACAGAUAAACAAACGUUUUAAAUAUUCGCAACAAGGAAUAUUAGAUGAUAUAGCAUCUUCUAUUGAAUCCAUAGCUGAGUCAAUGCAGUCCAUCAAUGAAAAUCAUUCUGUAUUCUUGGAAGUUAAUAAAGCAUUGACGUUAUUUUUAUUAAAGAUAGAAAAAAAACAGAAGGAAAAAAAUUUUAAAGAAAUAGAAUCAAUGUCUGUUAAAGAGCGAUUAGAAAAUACUCCGUCAGAAGGAAGCAUUUAAAAAAUUAUUUACUAUUCGUAUAUGCAUACUCGUAUAUGUACGUUCUGUGAUAAAAUGGAUUCAUCUAGUACGUA